AUGUCGUUUUUCGUUAGAUCAUUAUUCCAGCUCAAUGGCAGAAGAACGUUUACUUCUUUGAGUUCUUUUUCUCCUUUAAGAUCACUGGCCCCAAACACGAGGAAUGUCAGCAUACUGGGUCUCCCCGAGUCACAACCAGCACUGCAAAGUACCUCUCUGCUACUCCCUUUCGGACAGACUUUGCAAAGACGUUGGAAAUCCAGAGGAAAUACAUUCCAACCAAGCACUCUGAAGAGGAAAAGAAGAAUAGGAUUUCUGGCUAGAGCUAGGAGCAAAUCAGGCUCAAAGAUCUUGCAGCGUCGCAAGGCUAAGGGCAGAUGGUUUCUGACCCACUAA